AUGAUGUUGGCUCAGUAGAUGAUGCUCUCUUGGUACAUUACAUUGGUUUGGUAGAUGAUGCUGGCUCCGUAGAUGAUGCUCUUUUCAUACAUUACAUUGGUUUGGUAGAUAAUGCUGUCUUGGUACAUUACAUUGGUUUGGCAGAUGAUGCUCUCUUGGUACAUUACAUUGGUUUGGUAGAUGAUGCUGGCUCGGUGCAUGAUGCUCUCUUGGUACAUUACAUUGGUUUGGUAGAUGAUUCUGGUUCAGUAGAUGAUGCUCUCUUGGUACAUUACAUUGGUUUGGCAGAUGAUGCUCUCUUGGUACAUUACAUUGGUUUGGUAGAUGAUACUUGCUCAGUAGAUAACGCUGACCCAAAAGAUGAUUCUGGCUUGGUAGAUAAGGUUGGUUUGGUGGAUGAUGUUGGCUCAGUAGAUGAUGCUCUCUUGGUACAUUACAUUGGUUUGAUAGAUGAUGCUGGCUCCGUAGAUGAUGCUCUUUUCAUACAUUACAUUGGUUUGGUAGAUGAUGAUGGCUCAGUAGAUAAUGCUGUCUUGGUACAUUACAUUGGUUUGGCAGAUGAUGCUCUCUUGGUACAUUACAUUGGUUUGGUAGAUGAUCCUGGCUCAGUGCAUGAUGCUCUCUUGGUACAUUACAUUUGUUUGGUAGAUGAUUCUGGCUCAGUAGAUGAUGCUCUCUUGGUACAUUACAUUGGUUUGGCAGAUGAUGCUCUCUUGGUACAUUACAUUGGUUUGGUAGAUGAUACUUGCUCAGUAGAUAACGCUGACCCAAAAGAUGAUUCUGGCUUGGUAGAUAAGGUUGGUUUGGUGGAUGAUAUCCUCUUGGUAGACGAUAUUGGCGGAAGAUGAGGCUGGCUCCGUAGAUGAUGCUCUCUUGGUACAUUACAUUGGUUUGGUAGAUGAUGCUGGCUCUGUAGAUGAUGCUCUCUUGGUACAUUACAUUGGUUUGGUAGAAGAUGCUUACUCAUUAGAUGAUGCUGGCCCGAUAGAUUAUUUUGUCUUGGUAGAUUAUGUUGGUUUGGUGGAUAAUGUCCUCUUGAUAGAUGACAUUUGCUGGAAAGAUGAGGCUGGCCCAGUAGAUGAUGCUGGUUCAGUAGAUGACACUGGCUUGGUAGACAUCAAUCACAGCUAG